CCUCCGCAGCCACCCCCCGGCAAGCUGAAGAAAACGGCGUUCAAGCUGUUCGGGGGCAAGAGGAGCAUCUGCACCCUGCCCAGCUUCUUCGGGGGCAGGGGCAAGGGCCAGGGCAAAAAGGGGCUCAGCAAAUGCAAGACCCACGACGGGCUCAGCAGUGCAGCAUAUGACAAGGGCGGUGGGACACAGCUGGACAGCGACAGCUCUCCUCCUGGGAGUAUUGAGGGCUGUGACAAAAAGCCCAAUGGAGAGAAGUCUUCUUUUCCCAGGCCCAAAAAAGGCCUGAAAGGGUUUUUUAACAGCAUCCGGCGCCACCGAAAGGGCAAGGCUGCAGAAUGUGAGAAAACAGAGCUCCCUGAGUGGACUGGGGACGCGGAGGAGGCCAACAGUGCUCCUGGAGUGGUGGUGGAGAGCCGAGGGGCUGCAGAGGGCCAGGGAGCAGGGCCGGUCCCUGUGGCCGUGGCCUGCCCAGGGAGCUCAGAGGGUGAUGGCACAGUGGGCAUAGCCACCAGCUGUGGUGGGGACACUGAGCCCAGCUGCCCCGUUGCUGAUAGAGGCAGCUCUGAGGGCAACACGGUGCCGGUGCCAGGGGACAUUCCAGAUAUGAAAUCAGAGGCUGACGCUGCUGUCUGUGCAGAGUUUGAUGGUGACAGUCUGCUGCUGGCCUUGCAUCCUGACUUCAUGGACAACGACCCUUCCUGCCUGCACUCCGGGGACCUGCUAAACCUCAUCUUGGGAGAUGUCACCUCUCUGAAGAGCUUUGAUUCCCUGACAGGGUGUGGAGAUGACAUUGCUGAGCCUGACAUCACUGAGAGCAGCAUCUCGGUGGAGCGCAGCAGGGAUGCUGCCAAACGCAGCUCCUGCCUGGUCACCUACCAGGGCGGUGGGGAGGAGAUGGCCAUACCUGAGGAGGCCGAGGAGUAUCUGCACCAGGUAUGGAAUGGCAGCGUGGCAGGGGACAGGAGCUAUGGCGCCCAGGUGUCGAGUAGCAGCCUGGAGACACAUGCCUCGCACGAGGCAGAAGCCCAUCCCUACAUGGGGGAUGCCAUGGACGGCGUCGACCUCCUGACGCCCCAGAGUGACCAACAAGAGUCUGCCCCGAACAGCGAUGAGGGUUACUAUGACUCUACCACGCCAGGGCCGGAGGACGAGGCCGGAGAGGAGCUCAAGAAGGACCGUCUGCCCCGGGACAGUUACAGCGGUGAUGCACUUUACGAGUUCGACGCACUGAUGAGCCCCUCUCACGGGGAGGAGUCCUUGUUUGAGGGCAAGGUCACACGCCCCACAAUCUUCAGCUACUUCAUGGACUUCUGCCUCCCUGCGGAGAAGAGCCUGAUCCAGCAGAUGAUGGAUCAGAAAAGGGGGAUGAUGGAAACAGAAGAGGAGGGGCUUGCGGCCAUUCAGAAAGAGCUGCUGUACUGGGAGCUGCAGAGGGAACCGGUCCUGAAACGCCUGGAUGUUCCCAGCAAGGAGAAGUGUCCUCGGGAAAAGCAGUGCAUUGAAUGUAAAACUAGAGCAGCCAGCUCGAUUGGCAAGAAUCAGAGUGGCCUUGGUAGCGAGCAGGUGGCCUCACACGCCCCAAACCAGGGUGUGAACGGUGGGGUUUCAGUGGCUAGAGCUGAAAACCCAGAGUGGAGGGAUUUUCCAGGGACUCUGUGUCCAGAAAACUGUUACAACAGCCAAAAAGCCCAAGGAAGUUGCCUUAUUCAGCUCACAAAGAACAACCCGGGGUUUGAUUCAGACCCGGAUUGUGGGUUGUUUGGGGACUCCAUCCAUGGCAGUGCAGCCUCAGCCAAAGCAGGGAUGUUCCCUGGCUUCAGACUCCCAGAGCAUGAGCGUGGUGGCGGAGCAGAGCCCACCUCCGGCGAGCCCCAGGGGGGCAGUGAGCCUGAGCACGCCGUGAGCUUCUCACAGGCACUGGUGGAGUUUGCCAGCAGUGGGACCCUCUUCUCCAGCCUCUCUGAAAGCUUGGGGAGCUCUGCCUCCAGCUCGUCCUUCACCCAGAACCUCCCUGCCCUCCCCACCAUGGUCACCUUCGAUGUUGUGGAUGUGGAGCAGGAAGGGGAAGGGGAGUGUGAGCAGCAUCCUGAGAUGAACGCCGGCGAGGACAUCGCUGAGGCCUUUGAUGAUGGCUACGGACAGAAAGAGUCGUUGGCUGAAUGUGACGAGAGAAUGUCCCCGGGGUACUCCCUGGGCUCCUUCCAGAGCUGCAACUGGGGG